AUGGCUGAUCCUCACCGGGAAGAGCGCUCUAAGGAGCUUGAUCAGAACUUGUCUCCUGUCCCUCAAACUCAGGGUUUUCUCGGUCUGCCAUUGGAGAUGCGAGUCGAAGUGUACCGUUAUCUUCUUGAUAAUACGCUCUCUCGAGGCCAAACAUCGGAUAUUGCUGCUCUCUUGCUAGCAUGCCGCACCACCUAUGUGGAGAUGUCACCUAUGAUCGAACAUAUCGAGACUAUACUCAAGGUCAAGAACGCAUGCGAUGCCCUCAAGUCCAAGCAUGGAAGACCUGUUCGGUUCAAGGCCCCACAGAACUACCUCUACCUCGAACCUCUCCCCCGACUCACCGUUUAUAUUCCCACUCACGCCCUUGCAGACUCCGCAACAAUCAAUCGAUCGACAUGA